AUGAUCCACGACAAAGUGACGAGUCAUUGGAUUCCCCUCAUCAAUGACAGAACAGAUAAGGACAGCAGAGUACCAUUGAUCCUGGUGGGGAAUAAAUCUGACCUGGUGGAGCACAGCAGCAUGGAGACCAUCCUGCCCAUCAUGAACCAAUACUCUGAGAUUGAGACUUGUGUGGAGUGUUCAGCCAAAAACCUGAAAAAUAUCUCUGAGUUGUUCUACUAUGCCCAGAAGGCUGUUCUACAUCCGACAGGACCACUGUACUCUCCAGAAGAGAAAGAGAUGAAGCCUUCUUGCAUCAAAGCACUUACUCGCAUUUUCAAAAUAUCAGACCUGGACAAUGAUGGCAUUCUAAACGAUAAUGAGCUUAAUUUCUUCCAGAGAACUUGUUUUAACAUACCCCUGGCACCUCAAGCCCUGGAGGACGUGAAGAAUGUUGUGCGGAAAAAUAUGUCGGAUGGGGUAAAAGACAAUGGCCUCACACUGAAGGGUUUCCUGUUCCUCCAUACACUUUUUAUUCAGAGAGGAAGGCAUGAGACCACAUGGACUGUGCUCAGGAGGUUUGGUUAUGAUGAUGACCUGGAGCUGACCCAAGAAUACCUGUUUCCACUCUUAAAAAUACCUCCAGACUGCACCACAGAGCUGAACCACAACGCCUACCUCUUCCUCCAGAGUGUCUUUGAUAAGAAUGACAAUGAUCGAGACUGUGCCCUUUCUCCAGAUGAGCUGAAGGAUUUGUUCAAGGUCUUUCCCUACAUGCCCUGGGGUCCUGAUGUCAACAACACAGUCUGCACCAAUGAGCAGGGCUGGAUCACUUACCAAGGCUACCUUUCUCAGUGGACGCUAACAACAUACCUAGAUGUGCAGCGAUGUUUAGAGUACCUGGGUUAUCUUGGUUACUCUAUUAUACAAGAACAGGAGUCACAGGCAGCCGCUAUCACAAUCACAAGGAAUAAGCGCAUCGACCUGCAGAAGAAACAGACCCAGCGCAGUGUUUUCCGCUGUAAUGUCCUAGGGGUGCGAGGCAGCGGUAAAAGUGGCUUUCUGCAGGCUUUCCUUGGCAGGAACCUUGCGCGUCAGAAGAGGAUAAGAGAAGACCGCAAGUCUUACUAUGCCAUCAGCACCACUUAUGUUUAUGGACAAGAGAAAUAUCUGCUUCUGCACAAGGUGCUGCCGGACUUUGAGUUCCUUUCUGAGGCUGAUCUGGCUUGUGAUGUUGUUUGCUUGGUGUAUGACAUCAGUAACCCGGGUUCUUUUGAAUAUUGUGCUAAAGUGUACAAGAAACACUUCUUGGACAGCAAGACACCCUGUGUGAUUAUUGCUGCCAAGUCAGACCUGCAUGAAGCCCGUCAGUACUACAGUCUGUCCCCGCUGGAUUUCUGUCGGAAACACAAGCUUCACCCGCCACAGCUGUUCACCUGCAACACAGACGAAGCACCCAGCAAAGACAUCUAUACCAAACUCACCACUAUGGCCAUGUAUCCCCACGCCAAGUUACGCUGCAUGUGCAGCUGCAACAGGUGCACCUAUUGCAUCUGUCACAACCUCCUGAACUCUGAGCUGGUGCGCUCGGUAAAGGCCAAACUCUACAGUGCUGUUCUGAACAGACAUGUGACCCAAGCUGACCUGAAAAACUCUACGUUUUGGCUGAGGGCGAGCGUCGGUGCCACCGUGUUUGCUGUUCUUGGCUUCGCCAUGUACAAAGCUCUCCUGAAGCAGCGGUGAUCAGUGCAUCCGGCAUGUUACAGCGACCCUGGCCCUAUGAGAAACUACAAAACCCAUGAUCCCUCAUUCCAUCCUUAUUUCAUUUAGGAGAGAAGAUUCCUAGUAAUAGUUACAUUUUGUAUAUUUAAAACUGCCUUUCCCGAACCAAGUGUUAUAGGAACUCGCCUCAUCAGCCGUGUGGUGGAACAGAACAUCUACAGUAAUCGUGUCCUCUGCUGUUCCGACAUGAGGUUUUUAAUUUAUGCACACUGAUGUUUUCCUCAGGUCAGUAUUAAUUGGUGUGACCUAUAUUGAAAAGAGACAGGAGAACUUGAGGGUUUACUGAUGGGUGACUGAACACUAUGUUUAUAUCUGUAUGUAUAUAUUACUGGACACUCUUUAAGAUUGUCUCUAGGUAGUGAACAAACUAUAUUUGAACUGUAUCACAUAGAGACACUCUUGUGCUUGUUAGAGAAGCACCGAAACAAAGCCAUUUCUCACAAGUAAAGGUCAUUUUACUCUUGGCACAUCUCAGUUAUGUUAAUUUAUUAGCCUUAUCUCUGUCUUUUUGGCAUUGCUUGAAACAGGCAUGUUACUAUGGAUUCUUUUAUGCAAUAUUUGGUUUUUAUUUUAGUAAGUUAUGUUUGUUUUUCUUUUCUUUUCUACCCGUUAUGCACAGGAAAAAACAUUGUUCAGUAAUGAGAUGGCGCAAAUCGGUUUAUUCCAAACCAGACUAAUAAGGACCUGCUUGCUACAUUAUAAAGACUAUAUGAAUUCUUCCCAGCUAACAAUCAUGUAGAGACAACGUCAUGUUUGUUCUAAUGUUUCAGAUGUUAUGCAUAUGUAACUUUCAAUGCAGUUUCCCUGUUCAAAAUCACGGGAUUGUUGCACCUGUGGGUUUUCAGACAUUUACAAUAAAUAAUG